CCCGCGCUAUUCUGCGUUUCUCCCCCAGUUCAGUAACGCCACAGCCUCAAAGCUCUAAGAUGGCAGGUAUACUGGAUGUUCCCAAAUCAAGGAUAAACUGCUCUAUGCUGUCGCAGCACAUUAGCAGGCCGGUCUGCUUCGUUGGGCGCGUUGAAAAGGUUCAUCCAACAGGAAAAACCUUCACCGUCUCGGAUGGAGAAGGAAAGGUCGCAACAGUCGAGCUUAACGAUCCCCUUGAGGAGGAGCUGAGCGGCAUUGUGGAGGUGAUCGGUAUGGUUUCCAACAAAGGAGGAAUAAUAGCCACAACAUACAACCUGCUACGGGAGGACAAAGGCCUUUUUGAUUUGGAGCUCUAUAAUGAAGCCCUGAAGGUCAUCCAUGAUUUCCCCCAGCACUACCCUUUUGAAGUGGCAUCAAGUGGAUAAGCACUCACAUGAAAGAACUGUUCACUCAAGUUUCUGGUUUUUGGGCCUAAUUUCUGUUAUAAGAAUAGAUUUGCACCAAUCUGUAAUAUUAAGUAAGUUUUUGCAAUAAAAUUAAAACACUUAAAGAAUAAAUUUGGCAAACCUUUUGCUUUCUUUUCCCUAAAAUGUUCAACAAAAAUUCAUUUUUCUUCCUCAAAGUGACCAUUAUUGUGUCUUUGAGAAGGCAGAAAUAAAACCCAAACACUA